AUGGAAAGGUCUCGUACAUCUUCUGAUACUAUGACGUUAGAAUUCUCAGUGCACCCGUCCACGUCGAAGUGCAAUGUGGCCGUCGGUGUUGCCGUCGGUGUGACGUCGGAAAUCGUGAUGUCGUGCUGUCGCCAGAAAGUUCGUUAUCGUCGUUGGUGUUCUCGCCAUAUCGCAUUACUCUGGCCAGAAUAUCUCGGUCCUCGUCGUUGGCUUUUGUCGUCGUCAAUGAAAGCCGGCCCGUCUGUGACCGCCAGCCCCCGUGUGUUCGAGGAGUGUGCAGCAUUUCUCCGGGCUGGCAUCAAUGUUUAA